AUAAUUUUUUCAACUUUGUAGUGUUCUCAAAUAUAACAUAAUGGAUUCUGAAGCCGUGACUAAAAUUAAUGAAGCCGACAACUCAGUAUCGGCUGAAAAUUCCAAAGAAAAUGUUCCGCCCGCAGCAGUUGAAAAAACUAGUGAGCAAGAAAUAGUUGAUAAAAUUGACAAUCAAGUCGAAAAAACGAAAAAUGGAGAGGCUGUUGAAAAAGAAAAGGAACUUGUUGGGGAAGUUGAAGAUGAAGUUGAAGAGGAUGGCGAGGGAGCUGCACAUACAGAGACGAAAACAACAACUACGGUGAUUGUUACUAAAAAGGACACCGAUGUUGAGAAUGCUAAAACAGAAACAAAAACAACAACUACGGUGAUUGUUACUAAAAAUGAAACCGAUGAUGACAAUGCCAAAGCAGAAACAAAAACCACUACUACAACAACUAUUGCUGUCGUUGACGAAAGUCCUAAAGCAGAAGUAGAUGAAAUAUCAACCGAAAAGAAACCAGAGGAAACGCUUACUGAUACAGUUGAUCAAAAAGAAUCAGUAGCUGAGGAUCUCGAGGAGUCAGAAGAGAGUGACGAUCCGUCUGAAGAUGAGCAGGUUGAUGACGAAGAGGAGGAGAAAGAAAAAGAGACAGCGACAAAAUUAAAGACAGAAAAAGUUGAAGAUGUUAAAGUUUCAGAACCCAAUCCUUCAGUGUCUGCAAAUAUUCAACAAGCCGAAGUCAUUAAGGCGGAGGAAGUUAACAAUACGAAUAAGGAUAUCAAUAACCAAAUCGAGAACAUCAUUUCCGAUAUUGAUAUUAAUAUAAAAGCCCAAGAGAAAAUAACACAGCUUAAGGAACAGGAGCUUGCACUGAUCCAGAAACAAAAGGAACUGGCCAACCAGAUUCAUCAGCAACAGAUUUUAGCUCAAAAAUUAAUUGCCGAAAAUCAAUUAAAGGAGCAGGAGCUGAAAUCACAGCAGAUCCAACAACAACAACAAUUGGAUUUUCUAAAGCACCAACAAUAUAAGGAUGAAUUUGUUCCGAAAGCAUCCGAUGAAUAUGCAAGUUCUUAUAAUCAACAACACGAUGAUUUUAACAAUUUCAAGGAAUCUUCAAAUGUAUCGAGGACAGUUGAUUUGCGCAAAAUAUUUACUCCAGCUACAGAUGCUCCCCAAAUAUUACCCAAGAAUCGAAAGCUAUAUGCCUCAUCAGCAUUUUAUUCUCCAACAUUGCAUCCCACUGUGGAGGACCAGGUUGAACUUGCCCGUCGAAUCUCACAUUCAUUGAGUGACAUAAGCAAUCAAACUUCUAAGGGUCAAUCAAUGUAUGUCAAUCGAAAAAAACGAUCAGUCAAAUGGGUUCACGAAGGUUCUGCUCAAGGGGAAGAUGACAUAAUUGAAACUAAUUCACUAUGUAAAGAAAAUGCGGAAGCAAAUAUGAAGCAGGAACUAACAAAGCUGGACAAAAUGCCAUUAAAGCUAAUUAUGAAUCCACGAGGACAAAUGCGCGACUAUAACUCACUAAAAGAAUCAAUAAAUAUUGAAACAGGGCUUUUAUCACCCGACAAUUGUGCUGAGCUAAUAACUGCGCUGCAACUGCAAAAGGGCCGAGGAGCUGAGCUUUUUGCAAAACGUCGUCGAAAGGCUGAAAAUUGGGUAGUCGACGAGACAAAUGCGGGUACUCACAGUCCAUCUGGUAUUCCAGAUUUUCAACAAUAUCAGGCUAAGCCCUCGACGUCUCCGAGUAUUUUGCCAGCAUAUUCGGAUGCUGGUAAACAUCGUGUUCAACUCAAUUUACAUCAGGAUCAACUGAUUGAGAAAUACUCAAAGCCGGGCGUUCAGGUAAUUAAAUCGCCCUGGGAAGCCGCUCUUCAGACCGGCUCGGCCAGUUCUGCCUUUGUGCAGGACCAGAAAUAUGGUAACCAAACGCCGAUGCUGACGCCGACGCCGAUGGCCUCAGUCGCGUCACCCGUGCAUUUCAAUCAAGAUGUUAACGAUUUUCCAGGAUCGACUCAGUCGCACCAUUCACGACCAAUCCCGGCAAUGAACUACGCUACACAGGAGCCGCAUAAGAAUAACUUUGAUAAACGCUUCCACAAUCAACCAAUUCAGCCGUGCAAUCCUCAAAGAGAACUCGCCUAUAAGCCAAGUGUGGCACAGGGCUGGGGAGGUCGAAAUGUUGAGUUACCCAGAGAGUAUUAUCAUCAAGAAUUUGAGAACUAUAAUGCAGAUGAUAUGAAUUGCUAUUACAUUGAUCCCAAUGAGAAUAAUAUCUUGGAGCAUCAGAAUACAACACUUGGAACUGAUUUACCUUACUAUUCAAAUAAUCAAUUUAUUAAAAGACAAUCACUUCUCAAUUUCAAUGAUGAAGUGCAGCAAAGACUACAACAAUUGGAAUACUUUCAACAAAAAUUGGCUCUCGGUCUUGGUCUGGGUCUUGACCUAGAGAACAAGCCUAUUGGAAUGCCUUGUGGUCAUAGAGCCUUGUCCACGGACAGUCUAAAUAGCUCAGUGAAUUACCAUUCUCAUAAGCCAACUUCAACUAAUCGAAACCUAAAUGUAAAUCUAAAUCGAGUAGACUGUGAAUCAGAAACGACGAAGCAAACAACAUCACAAAAUAAAGAACAGGAAUCCGAAUCAGAAAAUAUUGAAUCAGUUAAUGUACGUGAAUUGAUUUACUCAUUUGAGCAACAAUCAUUAAGAGAUCACGAAGAGAACAAAUGCAAAGAGAGCAAAUCAAUUGUAUCUGGCGAAGAGCGACUAAUUGCAAAUGAUUCCAAAAUUGCCAAUAAUAAUCCAGUAUUGGAGAGUGCAGUAAAUCAGAUAGAUACCUGUACAACAUCGACAACUACUAUCAAAGGCCUUUAUGUACCCAAGGAGAUCUCUCUGGCUAGUUAUGCACCACCUCCAGCUCAGGCUUCACACAGUUACCAAGGUGCUCCAAAGGUCGAUUAUGCCAAGGAAUAUUCGAGUGGGGCUGGAGAGGCGUUUAGUGGAUUCCCCAUGUCAAAUACCACGUCUGGCUUUUACUCAUCGCCACAAGCACAGACCCAGACACCUAAGCAACAACUGUAUGCUCCACAGAGUUACCAGAAGGUGCCAACCAGCUCUAUGCAGGCGGCACCACAGGUCAAUUUUAAUCCAUCGCCAUUGGCGUUCGAAAAACUAUCAAAAUUCCAGGAGUUUGAUCAAAAAAAUGCGGGUGUUUCGAGCCCACGUUAUCUGAACGUUAACAAACAUCAACCUGGCUUUAAUUGUGUGCGUAAUGUAACACCCACUCCUUUCGGAUCUGCUGAGAUCGAAGAUUGUUCAACUUUUGAGAAUUUACAAGGAUCGCCUGUUUCAACGAUUUCUAAAAAAUUUGACGGUUAUCAGCAACCGACGAGUGGUCAAAGCUUUAACAACUGCGCUCGUGGAUGGAUGAAUGGGGGAGGAUCUGGGGCUCAACGAAAUGGAAACGUCUUCCCUUCAAGAGGCCAAGCAGUCCCAUCAACUAAUCUACCCUACUCGGAUUUCUAAACAGUUAACGACAAAAAUAACAAUAUAUUUCAAAUGAUUUGUUAUCCCAUUACGAUUUACGACAUGCUAAUCUUUUAUUGAACAAACAAUAAUAGCCUUUACAUGCAGUACAUUAUUAUUUAUAAAUCUA